CGGAUUGGAUUCUAGGUGUAAAAACCUAGUUAGGCAGAAGAGCAUUCAUAUUGAACAUCUUUGUUUGAGUGCUACAAGCUAAACCUGCUGCACUUUGAGCUCAACGAAACUGUAAUCAUGGCUGGUACAUUGUCUCAACCUGUGGAACGACAAGUUCGAAUAGAGUCUGGAACGUUUGAUUUGGAGAACUCGGAAGAUGACAAGAGAACAAAGCUUGCGUCUCUUAAGAAAAAGGCAAUGAGUGCCUCAAGCAAGUUUAAACAUUCAUUUAGGAAGAAAGGCAGGAGACAUAGUAGAGUGAUGUCGGUUGUGAACAUAGAGGAUGGCCUUGAUUCUGAAGAGCUGCAAGCAGUGGAUGCGUUCCGCCAAGCACUCAUCUUAGAUGAAUUAUUGCCUGCUAAACAUGAUGAUCAUCAUAUGAUGUUGAGGUUUCUUAGGGCUAGGAAAUUUGAUGUUGAUAAAGCAAAGCAAAUGUGGGUUGAUAUGCUCCAAUGGAGGAAGGAAUUCGGGGCCGACACAAUCAUGGAGGACUUUGAUUUCAAGGAAUACAGUGAAGUGAUCAAGUAUUAUCCACAAGGAUAUCAUGGGGUGGACAAGGAUGGACGACCUGUUUAUAUCGAAAGGCUUGGUCAAGUGAAUGUUAACAAGCUGAUUAGAGUUACAACAAUCGACCGAUAUUUGAAGUACCAUGUAAAGGAGUUUGAGAAGACCUUUGCUAUUAAGUUUCCUGCUGCAUCCGUUGCAGCAAAGAAGCAAAUUAACCAGAGCACAACCAUAUUGGAUGUGGAAGGAGUGGGGCUUUCAAGCUUCAACAAGUCUGCAAGGGAGCUCCUUCAGAGCCUUCAGAAGAUUGACGGUGACAAUUAUCCCGAGACUUUGAACCGCAUGUUUAUCAUCAAUGCUGGCUCCGGGUUUAGGCUGUUAUGGAACACGGUUAAAUCGUUCCUUGACCCGAAGACUGCUGCAAAGAUCAAUGUUUUGGGUAACAAGUACCAGAGCAAAUUGCUUGAAGUAAUUGAUGCAGAUCAAUUGCCAGAGUUCUUGGGGGGUACUUGUAACUGUGCUGACAAAGGCGGUUGCAUGACUUCCGACAAGGGUCCAUGGAACGAUCCCAAUAUAUUGAAGAAGGUUGAAAACGGUCAAGCAAAGUGUACAAGGAUGAAAAUAUCAGAUGCAGAGCAGAAACAUAGCUUCCCUUUCAAUGCAAAGACCGACACGAAUAGCGCCGAAUGCCAUGCAGAUUCUUUUCCUGAAACUCCUAUCAAGAGAGAGGCUCAUUUCGUUCCAUUGGAAGACCCUUACUGGACUAACUCAAUGAAAGAUGAUGGAUUUUCCAUGUCCAAAGAUUGUUACCAGACAAAGGAUGUUAGGAUGGCUACACAAGGAAUGGGAACCAACAUUUUCGGAGGAAUAGUGGCCAUCAUUAUGGGGAUCAUCGCCCUGGUUCGCCUGUCCCGCAGCAUCAUACCUAGGAGAAUAACCGAAUCUCUUUUCUAUGGCGGUCAAGUUUACUACGAUGACUCGAUGAUCAAGGGCCCUGCAGCUCAACAAGCACCACCUAUCAACGACGCUGACGUGGUUGCCAUGAUGAAACGCAUGGCCGAAUUGGAAGAGAAGGUGACCGUACUCAUCGAGAAACCGGCAACAUUGCCACCUGAAAAGAAGGAGAUGUUGAAUGCUGCUUUAAGCAGGGUCAGCACCCUGGAAGAAGAGCUAUCUGCUACUAAGAAGGCACUUGAGACAACCAUUGAUAAACAGCAGGAGCUCCAAACCUACAUUGACAAGUAUAAGAAGAAGAAGAAGAGGAAGUUUAACCCAUUACGCUGGUUAAGUUGAACUUAAAUGUCGAGAUUUCGGCCCACAGAUGAAUGGCUAACUAAUAUUGUUUUGCUUUGUAAAAUAUUCAAUUCCCAGCCCCUUUAAGCCAAGGAGUUUGGCAUAUUUCUUAAAUACAGUUAUAUGUUAAACAAUUAUUGGCUCGAAAUGGAGGUUGAGUUCUUUUUCUGAA